GCAAAGAGGGGCGAAGCGGAGCCGAAGCACCAGUGCCAGCACGGCGGACGCAGAAAAUGGCAGGAAAAGCCGGUGGACUCAAGGGCGUCGCCCUCAUCGGCGGCGCCGCCAACAGCGCGGUCUCCGGCGCCCUCCACUUCUUCCAGGACCCCGCCACCGGGUACACCGAGGUGAGGGGGAAGGUCACGGGCCUCGCUCCGGGACCCCACGGGUUCCACAUUCACGCCUUCGGAGACACCACCAACGGCUGCAACUCCACCGGACCCCAUUUUAACCCUCAUAAUAAGCCCCAUGGAGCACCAUUUGAUGAUGAACGACAUGUGGGUGACCUGGGAAACAUAGUAGCCAACAAAGAUGGAGUUGCAGAAGUGUUCAUAAAGGACUUACAGAUUUCACUGAGUGGGCCUCAUUCCAUACUGGGAAGGGCAGUUGUUGUUCAUGCUGAUGUUGAUGACCUAGGGAGGGAUGGGGCAACAUCUUUCCGGAAAUAUUUUAUUCAAUGUGGGAUGUAGAUAGAAUUACUGGCAUUGCCACCUGCUCAAUGGAGAUGUUACUGCCAAUUGAUAUCAAUAUCAUCAUGUUGUUUUUCGAGCAUAUUAUCUCAUUCAUGUCAUAUCUGCUAUGGCUGCAGUAGCCAGUAGGGCGUAAUUCACCACGCAAGGGUUGCACCACAUUGUAGCACUACCAUACCAUGUGCUAUGCCGUGCAACAUUUGGAAACCAUGAGCUACUGGUCAAUAUUUUAUUAUCUCUUUCUGUUUUGUACAUAAUAUUUCUUCAUGUGAUCCUCUCCUCCAUUGAUGGCUAGUUAGCAGUAGCAGUCGAAUGACGACAUUGGCUGUAGAAAAGCAUUCAUGACGGCACAAUACUUGACGAACUGUUUCCAAAAUUGUCAUAUAUUAACAUGUUGGAUGUAUGCUUACAUGUACUGGUACAGAUUCAAUUCUCACAGAUAUCAUUUCGAUGCUAGAAGUGGAAAAAAGGAACUUUGCAUGUUAUAUGACCCCAGUUUUGCAUUCAUUUUAUUAAAUGAGUAUGAAUGGUUUUCUUCAUACUCGGUUCAACUGUCCAUUGCCCUGUUGCACUUGAAGGAUCGAAGUGUUUUGUUCCUUGUUUCCCUUUCAUUUACUGUAACAAUUGGCAAACUUCAGAUUCCUGUACAACUGUUCUACUGUGAAGCAUCCUCAUUUUUUUUAACUGCUCCUGAUUAUGUUCCUUUUCAAUAU